GCCAUUAACGAACCGCCAAAACAACAAAAAAUCACUAAAAUUGUCUUAAAAUUGCUUAAAAUUCAAUUUUUAAGUCUCGAAAAGCAAAAAAAUGGAUCGAGAAAAGGAAGAAACUCAACUUCACUACUUUGGAUUCUCGUCGAAUGUCUUUCAAAAUCAAUACAAAGAAAUUGUAAAAAUGAAGAUUGAAAGUGUUCUGAGGGAAUCCGCAGAGUUCAUUAGCAAGUCACUGAAUAAAGAAAUCGAUGUAGAUAAAGUUACUAAAGAAGUUUCGCCAACUGUCGUUAAACAAAUUGAGCCUUUUGUGACUUCGAUGAAUGAAAAGUUCGAUAAAACGAUUGAAAUUCCGGAUACAGUUCCGUUUUUGGAUGCUGCUGGAGUGCAAAGUGUCGAUAAAGAGACUCUUGAGACACAGCAGGCGCAGUUUGAGGAGCUUGUGAAGACUUAUAUGAGGAACAAAUACUUACUGGAAGCCUUAAACAAGGAAAACCAUCAAUACAAAAAACUUCAUGGAGCUCUCACAAAAGAAGAAUUAAUUUACGCCAACAUGCCAAACAUCACAAACGAGCUAAUUACCGUCAAAGAUGUCGAAAAAGCGUACAAAGAACUUGAAUAACAUUCCCUCUCAAAUUUUGUAAAUAAAAUAAAAUAUUUUUAUUUUUAA